AAAAUGUUUCGUUUCUUCUUAAAAUUUAACGAAAUAACAACAUUAACUUAUUUAUUAUAUUACUAAAAAAUUAAUAUAUUAUAGAUGGAUUAAAUAUGGAAUAUUCUGACACAAAUUCAACAUGUUCGGAUACAUCGGAGGGCCUUAUUUCCAGUAUAUCGUGUGCCAGCGGUUACCAAGACGAAUUUCAAGAGUUGAGGCAUUUAGUAAACCCGAAAAAAUAUCCCGACUUACCACUCAGAAACUGUUUGACCCCUACUCAAACCAACAAGCAGGAAAACGAACAUGAAGCCAAAAUAAAUCGAUUAAAUGCAGAGCUGCAGAAUGCUCUGAGAACAAACGAGAAGUACAAAAUAGAUUUGUUUAAUUUAGAGAAGAAGAUAGAGCUGUCUUUUCACGAUAAAGUGGAGGCUCUAAUUAGGAGAAAUAGGGUUUUGGAGGUACAGGUAGAAAAUUCCAACAACCAAGUGGAAAGGUUAAUUAAAAAUUUCGGUAAUGUUGGCAAAUCUUUGAUUACUUGUUCCAAGUGUUUGAAGUUGGAAAAAAUAAAUUACGAGGUAAAUUCUAGUAUAAUAAGUUUAAAGGAUGAGGUGGGGCAGUAUAAAUCGUUAAAUAAUGAGUUGGUGGAGAAAAAUAAAAAAUUAUCCAUUGAAAUACAAGAAAUAAGGCCACUCAUUGAUAUUAGGAAUGCCUGUGUGAAAGAUUUAAAGGAAAAAAUCACAAAACAACACGUGGAAAUUCAAAAAUUGCAGAGAAAUGAAGAUUUUUUAACCAUUGGGGUAAGUAAUUUAAAAAACGAGUUAAAUCACGUUAAAAAAUCUGAGGAGUGGUAUAAAAACCAACUGCAUUUGUGCCAAAAUGAGAAACAAGUGUUAUUGGAAGAUAUUUUAAUGCAUAAAAACAAUUUAGCAGCAAAAUACAAGGAAUAUGAAGACUUGAAAAUAGAGAUAAACGUUUGGAAAAGCAGGUACACUGAAUUAGAAUUAAAGUUGAUAAAAGAGAAAGACUGUGUUAGUAAGUUUGUGGAACCUAAAAUCACAAUACAAAAAGAAUUUGUGGGUGAUUUGGACAAUUCUACAAAUCAAACUAUAGCAAAUUAUUAUGAAAACGUCAUACAAGAUUUAUAUGGGGAAAUAAAUCAAAUAAAACACACAUUCAAUGAGAAAAACUCAACAUAUACAAAAAUUUCGAAAGAGAACUCGGAGCUAGUCUCCCAAUGUCUCAUGCUGCAAAAAUCCUUACAACUGAGCCAAGUUAAUUUAGAAGACAAAGAGAAUAUAAAAAAAGAUCUGCAAUUAAAAUUAACUCUCCUUACAAACUCCGAAAAUAAUAAAACCCAGGAAAUACAAAAAUUACAGCAGGAAUUACAAAACGCAAGAAUAGAGUUAACUGCAAGAAAUCAAGAAAAAGAUAUGGUGGAAAACACUAUACAAACUAUAAGACAGUAUUUUGGGGUACUUAAAAGUAACUAUGAAAAACUAAAGGGGCAGAUUAACAAGAAAAAUAAAGAAGUCCUUCAGUUGCAGAAUGAAAAACAAGAAUUGUUUAUGAAUAAUAACUGGAAUUUGUGUGAGUUAGAGAAAGUUAAAGAACAAUUGUUGAUUAUUAAGAAGUUACAGGAAGUCAUUGCAAGAAAUGAAGAAGAUAUGCUAAACAUGCAAAAAUCAAUAACAGAAAAUGAGGAAAAAAUAAAAACUCUACAAUCAGAGUUAACUUUAAAGGAUCAACAAUCAAAUACGGAUUGUGAUAACAUUAGGAUUAAACUAAUAAAAGAAAUAGAAGUUUACGAUGGUAUUAUACUUCAGUACAAAAGUUUGAUCGAAAAAAGCGAUAAUAAAGUAUCAGAAUUGCAAAGAAAACUCAACAACAGUAAUUAUCUUAAUGAACAACUUACAGAUAACAUGGAAAUACUGAAAAACCACAUCAAAAAUAAAGAUGAUGAUCUUGAUAUAAGCCAACAAAAGAUCCAAAGUUUAGAAAAACAAAUAUCCAACUUAUUUGAAGAAAACCAACAAAACAAUUUAAAUAACAAAUUAAAAGAUAGCAAAAGUACACAAUGCGAGCGAAAUAAUGAGCUCAAAACUAUGUCAAAUGAUAGCAGAAAAACCAAUCUAAAAAACAAAAUGUUGGAAUUGCAAAACAAAAUCAACAUACUGCAGGAUAAAAAUAACGAAAUUUGCUCCAAAAUGCAAAUAUAUGCUAAUAAUUUCAAAGUAGUUAAAGAAGAAAACAAUUCGAAUAACGAUAGCGACGAAGUCAAAAAUUUAAAGGCGUUGCUAGCUUUUAAGGACUUGGAAAAAAAAGAACGACAAAAAACGCAUGAAUCCAACAAUCGCACUCUACUGAAAAAAGUGAAAGAGCACAUGAAGGGCAGAAAAACUGCGGAAAAACAAAAUUCCUACCUACGAAAUUUGUUUGACGCUCUAUCGGAAGAGCACAACAAUACGAAAUUAAAUCUCAGCUCCAAGGAAUUUGAAAUAAACAACCUAAAUUCAAUUAUUAAGGAGUAUGAUGGCAUUAACAGAAAAUUAAAACAGAGUAUUAUUGGUUUGGAAAAACAAAUCGAAAAUUUUAAUUAUUGCGAAAGUUGCGGGGAGUUUGAGAUUACCAAAAAACAAUUGAAAGAUUUGCAGGAUUUAUUCGAGAAAUUGCAAGACGAGAAUUCCGAGCUCCAAAGGGAUUUUCUUGUUACCAAAGAUUGUAACAAUAAUUUAAAGCAACAGAUACAAGAUUUGUUUAAAACAAAUGAAGAUGAAAGGAGCAAUAUAAAUGUUGCUUUAAAUGAUAAUAAAAUUUUGAAUAGCAAAGUAUUAGAAUUGGAAAAUAAAAUGAAAGUGAAUGAAAACGAAAAGCAAAGAUUAUGUGAAGAAAUAACCAGUCUAAAACAGUUUAUUAACAAUAUCGAUGCUGAAAAACAACAAAUGACUUUGAAAUUAAAAGAAACAAAUGAAAAAUAUGAUUAUGUUCUAAAAGAAAAAGAGUUAUUAAGCUGCAAACUUGAUGAGUUAAGUGAAGAAAACGAACAGCUUGAAAAAAGUAAAAGAAAUACUGAAGAAAACUAUAAAAGUAAAGAACAAGAACAUUCAAUUUUGAUUGGCAGGUUCAAAGACCAUAUAAAAGUAUUGCAAAACGAUUUUGAGUCGCAAAAAACCGAAAAGUUUUUCUUGCAAAGGCUUUGCAAGGACCUUAAAUUCGCAUUGCAAUCAAAUAUCAACCAAAAUAAGAGUCUAACACUGCAUUUAAGCACAUGUCUUAAAGACAAAGAAGACUACACCAGUUUACCCAUAAAUUUACCUGAGUUGCCAAAAAACAACCAGUAUGAUGAAAAGUUUGUUACCAAUUUGCUGCAGCAAAAUAGGGCUUCAAUGGGAGAUAAACCCUUAAUAGAAAUUAAGGGGUGUUUGGAUUCGUUAAAAAACGAAAUAUCCUCGUUGCAGCAGCAAAUUAGCGAAAAAAAUAUUUAUUUGUAGUUUAUAAAGUAUUUAUAGUUUAUAACAGUUAAAUUGUGAUAAGUAUUUAUUGUUGAUACAUUAGUGGUUUUCUGGGAAUAUUCCUUACUAAUUAUUAAAUUAACACCAAAAUCCAUGUAGGUAUUAAAUUUUAACAUAUUGACGCUUUUACUACUUAGUUUUAUGUUAAUUAAAAAAGUAUAGUUAUUGUUUUCGUUAUUUGUACUUAAUUUUAUGCCUGGUAAAAAUUUAUCUAAAUUUUUACAAAGGCCCUGUUUUAUAACAUUCCAUUGACUGUGAUUACUUGUUUA